GCCUCUUCCUCAGCAUUUAGACCACACCCACAAGCUUGCUGGCGGGGCUUUUAAAUGUUCUGGGAAAAGAUGGCUCGGUUUAGCUCUUACGUGAGCCAUGCAGCGGUUGGUACCCCAGCUGGACAGAUGUGUACCGCCUGUGCCUCCCCCACAGGCUGAAUUACAUGGAUUUCCACAAACAAUGCUCCCUGAACCAUGGAUGCUAAUAAACAGCAGCACUGCGUUAGAGGAUUUAUUUGGUGUACCCUGCAGAUCCCGUUUUUUUAGUGACCCUGGGCAUUUCUCUGAGGAACACUAUCAAAAUCAAAGCACUUCCGAAACAAGACUUUACAGGUCUAUGCUACCUGACACUCAGUCCUCAUCAGAGCUGUACAGUGAAGUAAAGACAGUCAGUGUUGGCGUUGGAACCGAUUUGGACUUGUCAGACUUGAGUUGUAAAGACUAUAGUAUCCUGAACUCUCAUAAUUCAUCCCGCUAUGAGACAGAUGAGGCAACCCUGCAGCGGAGACAAAAGCAGAUAGACUAUGGCAAGAACACGAUUGGUUACCAGCGUUAUAUUAAAGAGGUUCCCAAACACCAGCGAAAGCCAGGAGUUCACCCUUGCAGCCCAAAUAAGAACAAAAAAUAUAGCCGUCGUUCCUGGGACAUGCAGAUUAAACUUUGGAGGCGUGCUCUGCAUGCUUGGGAUCCUCCAUUACCGUACUCCUUUCCGAAUGAAAUGGCAUAUGAUUCAACAGAGGGGCUUCUGGAAUCCUGGAUAAAGGACCGGGGGCACUUGGUUGAUCUUGCUGGUCUGCAGAUUCCCAACCUAUAUGAUAUGGACUAUUUUCAAGAUUCAAGUCAGAAUUCCUUCAACUGGUUACAGUUUCCUGGUCAAAGCGAGGGCAGUUAUCAACCAUGGCUAGGGUUAUGAAGUGCUAUAGAUCUGAACUGUUUGAAAAUACCUAAUCUGCAACUGAUGCCACCUGACAUGCUACAGCGGCCGUACACCAUUUUCCACUUUGUACCUCCAUGGACAAGUAGAGGCAAGCUUGACCUCUUUGUGCCUUCUUUAAAAUAUUGGCACCCAGUGUACCUAAUUUAACUUAUUUGACCCUUACUGUAUGGAGCAUGAUUUAUGCUAAUGCUUUUCAUAUAUUACAUUAUGUAGAUCUGCUUCCCCAAUAUUUUUGAACCUUCCUGUUCCUUUUGAUCUGUAAACAAAAAAAUGUUCUAUUAUAAAUUAAUCUUAAUUAA